GGCAAGUCUAAGUGCCUCUGUAAUGCCUCUCCCAAACUGACAGAUGGAGGGUGGACAGUUCUUGGUUGUGGCGGCUCAAACGAAAAAAGCAUGUGUGCUCAGGAGCUUGUGCUGAAACAACGGACACAGAUACUGCAUGCACUGUGCAGCAGCGGGUCAGCUGAAUAUCUGGAACGGGUUCUGGACAUUCUUUUGGCCCAAGGAGAGCUUAUGUGGGAGGACUAUCAGAACAUACAGGUAACAGGGAGGGAGCUGUACACCAAAGCCAGGCAGUUGCUUGACCUGGUUUAUACAAAGGGUGUGGAUACCUGCAAGCUCUUCCUUGCCACACUCAAACAGGUCCUACCUGAAGAGCAGGGACUGGGCCUUUCAUUUUCGGGAUGCUUAUUCAAAUUAAUUGAAAAAGAUGAACACAAGAGCAUUUCUGCUCAAACUCUUCUGACUGGAAGACCAGUCCUGGUCAGCAAGCUCCAAGGCUGCAUUGAUGACGCUCUAAAGGCUCUUGUUACAUCAGGGCACUUCACCUCAGCAGACUGCAAUGAAGUCCAGCUUCCUGUAUACACCCCUGUCAAACAGGCAAGGCGUUUGCUUGACCAUGUUAGAUCAAAAGGAGAAUCAGCUGUGAAUGUUCUGCUCCAGUACAUUCAGCAAAAACAGGAAUUAGGAUUGCCUCUGGACCAGGAGAAAAACUCUCCUCCUAAAGAAUUUGUUAGAUAUCAGAAGAAGCUUAGCAGCUCUUUGUCAUCACAGUCCUGCUUUCUCAGUACUUAUGGAGGGACCAGCCAUAUGCCUCUGGAUGACAUCUACACAGAAGGCCAGCUGGAAUUAGCUCACUGUGUUGAUUUCCAUGGACCUUUGGGCCUGGAGGACAUUGUUGGAAUGGUGGGUACAACGAACGAGGAGGCUGACACGGUGCUUGUGUCUGGAGAGGCAGGUAGUGGGAAGAGCACCUUACUCCAGAGGCUGCACUUGCUUUGGGCUCGGGGGGUAGCCCUCCAGGACUUUCUUCUUCUAUUUCCAUUCAGUUGCCGUGGUUUAAAUUCUGAGCAUAGAGAACUUUCUGUCCAAGAAUUGUUGUUUCAGCAUUGUUGUUGGCCAGACCGGGAGCAGGAGGAGAUUUUCCAGUUCAUUCAGGAUCAUCCACAUCUUAUCCUUUUUACUUUUGAUGGCCUGGAUGAGCUCAAGCAAAGCUUUUCCGAUGAGCACAGGCUCUGCUGCCCCACCCAGCGUGCACCUAUUCAUAUAUUAUUAUUCAACUUAAUCCAGGGUUCCCUAAUGAAGGGAGUAAGGAAACUGGUAACCAGUCGCCCAGAGGUGGUGGGCCCAGUGUUGAAGAAAUAUCUCCGCAAAGAGGUCCUCCUGAAAGGUUUUUCACCAAGUGGGAUUAACUGUUUUGUGAGGAAGCAUCACAAUGAUCCGACUGUUUCAGCCAAGGUUUUGGCAUCCCUACAGACAAACACUGCUUUACUUGGACUGUGUCAUAGUCCAGUCCUCUGCUGGAUUGUCUCACAGUGCCACAAAGAGCUGCUAGGCUGUGGAGAUGGAAGCCCACAAACAAUCACAGAUGUCUACCUCAUGAUAUUACAGCACUUCCUUCAGCAUCAAAGCUCCACGACCAUUGGAUUUGGUUGGCUUAAGGAACACCAAGAAACAGUCCGUCAUUUAGGCCAACUUGCCUUUGAGGGGAUUGGAGCCACCUGUUACAUCUUCUCAGGUGCAGAUUUGGAGACAUGUGGUGUAACUGAGAAGGAUAUCUGCUUGGGCUUUCUCACACAAAGUAAAGGGAUGUCAUCUGCCCACAGUAAACACUAUGAAUUCCUUCAUGUGACUCUGCAGUGUUUCUUUGCAGCACUUUACAUUGUUUUGUCAAAUAACAUAAACCGUUCAGUUAUCCAAAAGCUUUUUGAGUUGAAGGACAUGAGGGAGAUAGGCAAGCGCAGCGUAUGCUUUACAGCCUGUUUGCCGUCCUCUGAGAAACAAGAGCUGGUUUUAGAGGGAGAAACUACUGCAGCUGAAACACCAAAUUUGCAUAUCACAGCCACCUUUGUGUCAGGACUGCUGUCCAGGCGCCAUCAAAGCCUGUGGAUCCCCUGCUGCCAAAGUUCUGUAUUGGAGAAGAAGAGCAGACAGGUGAGGAGAUGCCUGUCCAAAGGUAUGCAGAAACACUUUAAGUCCAUCCCUCAACCUGUAGAAGGAGAGAAGAAGAGCAUGCACGCAAUGCCAGGCUUCGUCUGGCUUGUCAAAUGCAUUUAUGAAAUGCAGGAGAGUAGGAUUGCUCAAGAUGCCAUGAGUAAGCUGGAUGUGGAUCACUUGAAGCUAACCUACUGUAACAUUGGUCCAGUAGAGUGUACUGCACUUGCCUAUGUUCUCCAGCAUUUAAGGAACCCUGUAGGCCUUCAGCUGGACAACAACUCUGUGGGCGAUGUUGGAGUGGAGCAGCUUCUUCCCUGCUUGCACAUUUGUAAUUCCCUGUACCUCAGGAAUAAUAACAUCUCAGAUGAGGGGAUCCGCAAACUAAUUGCUAAAGGUAUCCAGUGUGAAAACUUCCGGAAGAUUGCGCUCUUCAACAAUAAGCUAACUGACGCUUGCACCCAGCACUUUUCUCAUCUUCUUAAGACCAAGCAGGAUUUCCUUUCCCUGAGGCUAGGAAACAAUAAUAUAACAGCACAAGGAGCGAAACAGCUGGCAGAGGGACUAAAAGUCAAUCAUUCACUGCAGUUUUUAGGGCUUUGGGGCAACAAGAUAGGAGAUACAGGAGCGGAGGCUCUUGCCAAAGCCCUAGAGAGCAGCAAAACUCUGGUGUGGCUGAGCCUGGUUGGAAAUGGUGUAGGCAGUGUGGGAGCGUGUGCACUUGCCAACAUUAUAAAAAACAGUACAUCACUAGAAGAGCUUUGGUUGACAGAGAACUGCAUAACCCGAGCAGGAGUGGAAUGUCUGAUUGAAGCCCUUGAACAUAACACUCGUGUUAAAUCGAUAUGGUUGAGAAACAAUGACCUCAGUUUGGAGGAAGUUGAGGAGAUGACACGACUUGAACCAAGACUUACCUUCUGAGUGUGUGCUGAGUCAACACAGGGCUUCAUGAUGCUUUAUAGACUGUUGUUAUUUAUCUCCCUUUUCUGCGUAGAUGACCAAUUUCACUAUUCAGGGUUCACUCAAAGACAAAAUCUAUCCACUUAUUUUUGGGACCAGCUUUUUGGUGGUUCAUGCAUAAUCCCACCAACACCACAACUGUUACUACAACUACUACUGUAUCACCAUGCUUUCUGAUUUCAGAAAGUAAUACAAUAUGUUUUGACAAAAAGUUAAGAUUGUAUUUAUUUGCACAAGAAAUAGUGUAGAACACUAUGAUACAUAUUUUUGAUGUAAAUAUGAAAUGGAUUUAGAGCAAUUGAUCCAAUUCUUCUUGUGACUGGGUCGCCAGGUACUGUCAUUUCUCAACGAAUGAAGAGAUAAACAUUUAUGUAGAGCCACUGUAUGUAUUAGACAGUUUUUGAGUUUGUGUUGUUUGUUGUGUGUUGUAUUGGUUAUGUCAUAUGUUUUAUUGUCCUGUGAGUAUGAACGUUAAAAACGUGUACAUAUGUAAUCGAGCUAAUGUCACAUUGUCAAAGAAGGUAUGAAGACCCCAAAGAGUAGCUACUGUUUAAUACAGAAGCUAAUUGGGAUCUCAAUAAAUAAACAAAUAAACAAACAA